CCUUUUCUAUCUUCUCUUCUCUCUCUUUUGCAGAUGUGUGGGUCGGCGUUGCCUGCUGGCUCGGCUCAACCCCGGCUUUUCCCUGCGACAUAUUGUCCCCAUGGGAACAACAGCCAAAGAGGAGAUGACCCGUUUUUGGGAGAAGAACACCAAGUCCAAUCGUCCCUUAUCCCCUCACAUCACCAUUUACAAGUGGUCCCUACCCAUGGCGAUGUCCAUCACGCACCGAGGCACCGGCGUCGCGCUGAGCUUAGGAGUUUCCCUCUUCAGUCUGGCUGCUCUGCUCCUCCCAGAACAAUUUCCCCACUACCUGGCCAUGGUGAAGUCACUCAGCUUGGGACCUGCUCUCAUCUACUCUGCUAAAUUUGCUCUGGCUUUUCCCCUCUCCUACCACACCUGGAAUGGAGUCCGACACCUU